UAUAUAUGCAAGGGGUGAAGCCUGAACGACAUCAGUCUCUUGAAGGAGAAGCGAGAUGAAGACUCUCUACCAGUUGUGUGUCCUUGUUGGCCUUGUGCUUAGGGUCCACUCAGGUCCUGUACCACAAUCUAUUGUUAAGGAUGACGAAGAGUUUGCGAAGGAUUACUUGAAGAGACUGUACAACAUGAAAGAGGCGAACAAGCCGUCUUUUGGGCGUACGGCCAGUGAGAUGAGCUUGAAGCUCAGCGAGAUGCAGCAUUUUUUUGGUUUAAAGGUAACAGGAAUUCUUGACGAUGAAACUAUGGAGAUGAUGAAGAAGCCCAGAUGUGGAGUUCCAGAUGUUGCUGCAUUCAAAUCCAAAUCCAGAGCUUUUACUAACAAAUGGUCUACAAACAGCUUGACCUACAGGAUCGAGAAUUACACUCCUGACAUGUCUGUGGCCGAAGUGGACAACUCUAUCGGGAGAGCGCUGCAAGUCUGGGCUCGUGUCACAACUCUGAAGUUCACCCGCAUCUACAGCGGCAUAGCCGACAUCAUGAUCUCCUUUACUGUCAGAGAUCACCGUGAUGGAUCUCCAUUUGAUGGACCUAAUGGUAUCUUGGCCCAUGCAUUUUUCCCUUCUCCCGGCAUCGGCGGAGACGCACAUUUUGAUGACGAUGAGACCUUUACCUUCAAAUCUUCUAGAGGAUACAACCUGUUCAUUGUGGCUGCUCAUGAAUUUGGACACUCUUUGGGCCUUGAUCAUUCCAAUGUUCCUGGUGCUCUGAUGUAUCCAACGUACAGCUACACCAAUCCUGACACUUUUGUUCUGCCCAGAGAUGAUGUUAACAGAAUUCAGGCUCUUUAUGGCUCAAAUACUGUCAAUCCUGAAAAGCCUGACCCCGUACCUCCAGUCACCCCUAAUGCCUGUGACCCCAAUCUGGCUCUGGAUGCUGUUACAACCCUGCGUGGAGAGAAGAUCUUCUUCAAGGACAGGUUCUUCUGGCGCGUCCACCCACAGCUCACCAACACAGAGCAAUAUCUGAUCAAGUUCUUCUGGCCUACGCUUCCAGAUAAUAUCGAUGCUGCUUUUGAGCACACGUCGGCUGAUUUGGUGUACAUCAUUAAAGGUCAGAAGGUCUGGGCUCUAAGUGGUUAUGACAUCGUGAGAAGCACAAGUCUCCGUAGCUUUGGUUUGCCAGCUUCAGUGAAGAAGAUCGACGCUGCCCUUUAUGACCAAUAUUCCGCAAAGCUGUUGGUUUUUGUUGGCAGGUCAUACUACAGCUAUGACAUGAACAGGAAGGUGAUGGACAGAGGCUUUCCGAAACCAGUGACAACGAGCUUCCCAAGAGUAACCAACAGAGUUACUGCAGCUUUUCAGGAAUAUGGUUAUUACUAUAUCUUCAGUGGGCCAGAUGUUUUCCAGUACAAUAACGGAAGGCUGGGGAAUAUAAUGAAAAGCAAAAACUUUUUGCGGUGCUAGUUUUUUUCUUUCAUAUUUAUAUACACUGCCUCAUCUUCAGCAGGAAGAAUCAUUUGUAAAGGAAAUUAUAAAUUUAUGUGCAUAGCAAUAUAUUUUGUGUAUUAUUAACUUAUGGUUUAUCACCAUUAUUAUAACUUAUUGCCAUGUUGUGCUUGUGUUUUUGAAAUAAAAUAUUUUAUUGGAA